AUGGCCGCGGUGGCUGGCGACACAGGCACAAGCUUCUCUCCCUUCGAGGUGGCGCUGCAAGAGGCACAUGGCCGACUGCUUGCAGCGCACUCUGCAGCUAUGGCCACAAUGGAGGCCGAGCUACAACACAUGCGCAUGGAGAACACCCGCCUACGCCUGCGGCUGACAGAGGCUGGCCUUGGCCUCACGCUAGACUCUGCAGCCGUCGAGGGCCACAAGCCCGCGGCCCUCGCAGAGAUGUCCAAAGCUGCACCGCAGCCACCGGAGCUUCCGAGGACUUGCGACCAGCCUCUCAACGCCGACUGUGAUAGCAUGGACACCAAUCGAGAAGGGCCAAGCCACCCUCCAGAACUCAGUACGCCUGUGCCGGACCUGCGAGGUGCGAUGGCAGAUUCACAAAUCCUGGAACCUGUGUCCUUCGCGAAAGAGAAAGAGCCCACGCCAGAGGUUGUCGAGGAGGUGCACAACCUGCAAAGCCCACAAAGACCAGUGUCCACAGAUCCAGGCGACGUCGUCCUGGCGCUAGGGGCGCUCCUCCGCAAGUAUGGGUUACACGGUCUGCCGGUCAGUCAACAUCGACAGGUUGAGGCUGCCUGGACGGUGGCUGGCAGAACGCUCCUCCUUCGUCAAAAAGGCUGCGAUCUCGAGGCUUCAGGCGACGGGGGUCAAAGUUGGGAGCUUCUGGAGGCGCUCUUCGUCCAAAAUCUGGCGCAGCUACAGGCCUUGAAGCGUGACACGGACAUUGUCGCGCGAGUAAGCGCUCCGGCCCAGGCGGAGCCAGGCCAUUCACAGGCCAGGUCAUCACGCAGGGCCCAGAGCUCUCAGGACUACGGCCGGCAGGCACCGCGCCUUGCGGAACCCGUGACGGGUGGUGGUGGCUUGUCGUUGGAGCGCACGGAGGAUGGCCUUCCGGUCUGGCGGGCAGACGGCCUGCCAGCCUUCCACAAUGCCUUCCCCCAGUCCUUCGACGCUUUGUCCGGGGCCUCCCAGUACUACUCGCAGUUUCGAGUUCGUGUUCCUACUGCCUCGCAGUACGAAGCAUCAGAGAGAAACUGA